CCGCCGAGUCCGGAGCCUCCGAUGAUGCUGUCUUUAACUCAGUGGUUAUGGAAAAGUGAAUUUUGGCUUCCUCCGGGAUACACUUGGGAGGACAUGAAAGAGACUGAAGAGAUCCGCUACCCUCAGCCCCAUCACCUUCUUCUCAGCAUCCCUUUUGCGCUCCUCCUUAUUGGUCUGCGGUUCAUCUUUGAAAGGACUGUCGCUGUGCCCCUGAGCAGAAAAAUGGGGCUGAGGGAGAAAGCACAAAGGAAAGCAUCUCCAAAUGCUGUGCUGGAAGAUUUUUACAGAAGACACCAAAAGAGACCAAAAGAGAGCGAGGUGAAUGGACUGGCCAAGCAGUGCGACUUGCAACCCCGGCAGGUGCAGAGGUGGUUUCGAUCUCGUCACAACCAAGACCGGCCCAGCUUGACAAAGAAAUUCUGUGAAGCCAGCUGGAGGAGCGCCUUCUAUAUAACUUCCUUCAUCACAGGCCUGAUUGUCCUACAUAAUAAAUCCUGGUUCUGGGACCACCGGGAGUGCUGGACUGGGUAUCCCCAGCAGCCGCUCAUGACUUCCAUCUUUGCCUACUACAUGUUGGAACUUUCCUUCUACUGCUCCCUGGUCAUUACUCUCCCUUUUGAUGUGAAGAGGAAGGACUUUAAAGAACAAAUUGUCCACCAUGUCACCACCAUCUUCCUCAUCAGCUUCUCGUACUGCGCCAAUUAUCUCCGCAUCGGCACCCUGGUCAUGGUCAUUCAUGAUGCUUCUGACUGUUUCCUGGAGCCCACCAAGAUCUUUAACUACGUGAAAUGGCGCUGGACUUGUGAUGCUCUCUUCCUUACAUUCUCCACCAUUUUCCUCUUCAGCCGCUUGGUGAUUUUCCCUCACAAAGUGCUCUACAACACGUACUAUUACUCCAUGGAACUCUACGAACCCUUCUUUGGCUACUACUUCAUGAAUGCCCUUCUGAUGGUCCUCCAAGUUCUGCAUGUCUUCUGGUCUUACUUCAUCACCCACAUGGUGUACAGGUUCUUUGUGAGUGGCACGAUGGAAAAAGACUUGAGGAGUGACUCAGAGGACAGCGAGAAGGAUGAAAAAGGAACAGCACAGCAGAAGGAAGGGGAGAGAAAUGGGUCUUUUCUAUCCAGUUCGAACAGCAAUGGUAGCUUUAUCAGCAAAGAGACCCCCUUGCAACUAAAUGGCAGAAGCUGCCCCACUAACGGACAUACCAAACUCAGAUAGCCGGAGCCAGCUUGCAUAACUGACCAACGCCUGAUCAAUUUCGCUCCAUGCCCUUCCUAGAUUGCCCUUGUUCCCUGUAGGCCUGGAAGGACAUAACCUUAGCCUGAUAGCCGGAUCUCUGCUUCCUCCAGAACUGUGCAUUGUUUUAUCCUAUGUUUUAUUUCAUGAGCUUGCAGCAGCCAGAGGAGAAAAAGGGGAUUAGGAUCAAGUCAGUCUUGCUCGUUUUCCUUUGCCAGUCUUGACUGUGAAUUGGCAGGGCUGAUCUGCGGCAAUUAAUUUAUAACCCACCUGCCAAAUAACCAGCUUUUCCUCCAGCAGCAUGGAGAACUGGAAAGGGGGCAAGUGAUCUCCAAUCAAAAAAUGCCAGAGCUGGGAGAUGGUGAUGUUCCAAGAAGUGGCAGAGUCUCCUCAUAUGGCACACAAUGUCAGAUACCUACAUGAGCAGCCAGAAAUCCACCUUGCUGGUGUGUUUGGGGUGGGAAGUGCAGGACAAGAAGGGGAUGUCAGACCCAGCCACAGAUGGACUGAAAAUGUUGCCAGAAAGCCGGUAUGGGUCUUGCUGGAUGCAAGGAGGUCAUCACACCUCUUUGGGACAAGAUCCGAUAAGAUGGAGGAGAAAGAAAACAGGGAAACGGAUGGUUUCUGUUAACCCUUUGAAAAGAGGAUUCUGGGAGAGCACUGGGUAAACUAUGGGCUGGGAAGAAUACUGUUAUAUCUCCUCAUCCUGGGAAGGAGAGGGUUUUAAGACCAAUCCAGAGGAAGCACAGGCAAAUCCAGAAUUUGAUCUUCCAUGAUCUUUUCCUUCAUUAUUAAUAGUCAUGGGAUUGUGAAGUGAGGGCUUCACUCGUUCCCUUCUGCCUUUUCCUCAGCCUCAAACAGAUCCCCAAAGUUGCUGUUUUUCCAUUUGAGAAAUUAUACCGGCACCACACAUAGCCUGUAUGUGCCCCCUUGAGGAGUUAAAAAGCAGCAUAGGGUAGCAGGUUGGGAAAGAGUUCAGUUCCUCUCCCCCUCAUUUGGCAACCCCAAUCCAAAUCAGGGCCUUUUCAUGUCUGACAUUUCAGAUAGAUAAAGGGCCCUGGAGAGCUGAUCACAGGUCUUCUAAUGUCUCAUUUGGUAGGACUCGUCGUUUGUGCAGCUGUGGGAUCUGUUAUGUUGUCCUUAGCAGGGUGGGAAAAUGGCUGUUUCCCCCCUUUAUUUUCUGUUUCACAUGACUCCAUGUUUCUAGGGAUGCCUUGAGCACUCCUCAUCAAUAAACCUGUUUCAGAAAACAAAAUUCCAUAUUUCCUUUUUAUUAGUUCCCUCUUCGCAAUCUCUUCUUGCAUGAAGAGUCCCCAAAAAAUUCACAGCUUCCUUUUCCAAAAACAGACAUAGGGGCUCAAGAGGGCCCAACAGCAGAUGCAUGCUCAACAUUAUGAACAUCAUAUAGGGUCAGAUCCAACAAUCCAUCAGGGAGGGGUCUGAUGGUUGCAGACAUUUCCAGCUUUCCCUUCUGCACAGCAUGUCUUUUGUGUGGUGUGACAGCCAUGUGGGUCAGAGGCUGCUGUGGCGAGUGGGAAGGGAUGGAAAAUUCCCUUCCUGCCUCUUUAUAUCUAUGCAGAGGAUAAUUUUUGCCUUCUUUCUCUUCUCUACCUGCAUUCCCAGGAAUAAACUUUCCUGAGGUCCACAAGAACUAUGGAGGAAGGGUGAAUGCAGGGGGAGGGGGAUGCAUGAAAAAGAGGUGCGCACUCAAAAAAUAUUCAGGUUUCCCGCUUCAGGUUUUUCACCCUCCCAUUGGGUGAAAAAAGUGGUGGGGCAGGAAGUUUGAAACUUUUCUUGCUCUUUGCAAAUGCAGACAGCUAGAAAAGUGCUGUGUCUGCUACUUCUUUGCUUGAAGCUUCCUGAAGCUUUGCUUCAGGAUUCCCGAAUCGGCUGAGCAAUGUUGGGGCUGAUACAGGAAUCCUGAAUCUUUCUAAAUCGGGCCAGAUUCGGGUUAUAAACCAGAAUCAGAAAUCCGAAGCGCACACCCCUAGCAGAACUCACCCACAAUUCUUGCAUUAUGGGUUCCAGCCCAUAUGCUCAGAGUCAGCUUAUCAGCAGAGGAGAUGGCUCCCUUAGGUAGCAUGUUUAGCGAAUUAGUGAAGGCAUCAAAAGAAGAGACAUACACAUGUGUUAUGGGUUUCCUAGGCACCACUCUCCAGGACAGCUCCCACCAUUCUUUUUCCCACCAACUCAUCUGGCCCAGGGUUCCCAGUAGGAAAUUUAACAAGGGGAUUGAGGAGAUGGAAUCUAGGCCAAGGUAUUAAUCUACCUAUGCUUGGUAGAUAACUGAAGGAAAAUGAGGUAAACAGACAGGAAUAGGAAGAUUUGAGAGGAAGCACACAACUGAGGUAAACAUUAACUAGGAGUGGUGGGAUCUUAGGUUUCAAAGAGUGCAUGCACUAAAGAAACCUUCUGCCUGGUAGGUUUAUAACAUAGAAAUUUAACCUUUUGCUGUGACUGUGCUAUACUAAGUAGAGUCAUUUCAAUCUAAGCCCCUUGAAAUCAAUGAGCUUAGGCUGGAGUAAUUCUGUUUAAGAUUGCAAUGUAAAUUUCUCAACAGACCCCCCAAAACCUUCUGGCGCAGGGUAAUAUCCCUAUUAGCCAGACUUGAGAUUUUAAUAAUAGACUGGACAUCUCAAGAUCCCCCCCUCAAGGAGGGAAAGGUAUCUCAGGAUUUGGAGGAGCACAUCAUACAAGAGGUGGGCACAUGGAAGAAAGUAACCCACAGGAACAGGAUAAUAAAGAGACAUUCUGAAUGUAUGAUGCUAAGCAAUCGGUUCCAGAAUCUCCCCAUAGAUAUUGAUUCUGUACCACUGGAUCAAGAGCUACUCCUCAAGACUCCUUGAACCUUGAAAGAAAUUUCUCAGGCCCCUGUUGAUGAGAGGACUCAAGCUUCCAUUCCUCAAUAUAGGAAAAGGUGUGUGCUAGUAACUGGAAAUGUCGUACUGAGAUAGGUAGAGGGUAAAGUGUGCUGACUGGACUUGUCAUCUCGAGAGGUAUGCUGUCUACCAGGUGCAUGAAUCCAGGAUGUGACAGAAAGGGUAGAAAGACUUAUCAAACCCACAGAUUAUUAUCCCUUCUUCCUGAUAUAUGUGGGAACAAAUGAUAUCGCAUUAAAAAAGAGUAUGUGGCUCUUGGUAAAAUGGUUAAAGACAUGGGAGCACAGGUUGUGUUUUCAUCAGUUCUUCCUCUCAUAGGCCAUGGUUUAGGAAGGGAAAGAAGAAUGCUGCAAAUUGAUGGUUUGGUUUUUUGGACCAUUGGUUACGCUUCUGAGAUGAAGCUCUUCUAUCAAGAGAUGGUUUGCACCUCACGAUGGUAGGAAAAAAUGUGUUCAGUAAGAGCCUUGCAAAGCCCUGAUAAGGAGGGCUUUAAACUAAAUCCUGUGGGGGAGAGAGACAAAAAUUCAAAACCUGUAACUCGAGAGGGGGACACUGAAGACCUGCCCGAGUGGAACAUAUGCUAGGAAACAUUAACUUGCAGGUAAGCACAGAAACAAAAACCUCAGGGCAUAUAACUCAUGGCUUCCGAUGUCUCUACACUAAUGCAUAGAGUAUGGGAAACAAGCAGGAGGAACUUGAAGUUCUAAUACAGGAAGGCGACUAUGACAUAAUAGGCAUUACUGAAACUUGGUGGAAUGACACUCACAAUUGGAACACUAGGAUUGAACAACUUGUUCAAAAGGGAUAGACAAAUAAGGAAGGGGGGAGGAGAAGCAUUAUAUAUAAAGUAUGUAUAUACUUGUUAGGUUAUGCAUGUAACUGAGCAUGAAAAUUCAAUUGAGAGUCUCUGGGUAAAAAUAAAAGGAAUAAGAACUAAUAAUGAUACUAUGGUGGGGGUCUGCUAUAGAUCACCAAGCCAAGCAGAAGACUUGGAUGAGAAACUCCUAGAACAAAUUACAAAGUUCACAAAGAGACAGGAUAACAGUGGUCAUGGGAGAUUUCAAUUACCCGGAUAUCUGCUGGAAGUCUAACUCUGCUAAAGAUGAAAGAUCAAAUAAAUCCCUGACUUGUCUUGCUGACAGCAUUUUUCAGCAAGUAGAGAGGAAAACAAGGUGUUCUGCUAUCUUGAACUUGAUUCUCACCAACAGGGAAGAACUUGUUGGAGAGGUGAAAAUAGUGGGCACUAGGGAUGUGUGCUUCGGGAGUCUGAUUCGGGUUAAAUACCUGAAUCGGGCCUAAUUUCAGAAGAUUCGGUAUUCCGAAUUUGGUAUUCAGGAAAUACAGAAGAGGAGCAACCCAAAGCAAUUAGGGUUGCUUCGGGUUGCUUCGGGUUUACCGGGAGCACUUUGCUGGCCUGUUUGCAUGUGCAAACAGCUAGCAAAGUUCUGCAAAAUGCAAGCUUCCUGCUCUUUCUUAGCAGAGGGGAGGGGGAGAAGGAGUGAGUGACUCACUACAACCUCCUCCUUCCCCCUCCCAUCUGUUAAAAAAGGCAGGAAGCUUGAAAGCAGCACUUUCCUAGCUGUUUGCAAAUUUGCUUGCAAACAAGAAAAGUGCUGCUGUCAGAUUCCUACCUUCUUUUCUGAAUGGCAGGGUAGUUAAGGAGGGACAGUAGUACAAGGGGGAGGAGGGAGGGAGAUAAGAAAAGAGAGGUGGUAGUUAGGAGUGUCAAAUCCUACUGUGUACUGCAUCCUACUGUUGCAUCCUCCUUCCAGCCAAUGGAUUCUCUGGAAGGAAAUGCUGUAGGGGAUAUAAAUUGGAGGCUUGCCUUUUAGCCAGCCUACAUUUUUUCUUGGCCUACAGAGAGACAUUGAGAGACUUCCCCUGCUGGACAGACUCUCUUUCUCCAUGCUGUACAUAAGAGAUUUCCUUGGGUUCCCCUAGAGUGUCUCACAGUUUCAGGCUCAAGCCAGAGUUUGUGUGUGUGUGUGUGGGAGUUCCUCUUUUAAUAAUUUAAUAUUGAUGUAAUAAAUGUUAAUGUAACAUUAAUGGCUGCUGUUACCAUAAAUCUAAUAAAUUUAUUUGAAUUUAA